AUGGAACAGCUCAGCUUGAGCAUGCCGCAAACAAUGCUAGUCAUUCCGACGGACCCCCCACUCGGUGCAUCAAAUCCCCAUCAAGCGUUCUCCAAGAAAGCAUCCCGGAAUAAGAAACUGAUGAAGCAAAUCGAGUGUUCCAUACCGAUCGAGGAAGCGCUCCGGACGGAACUUACCUCGAACAACAUGAAAACGCCAAUAUCCGUGCUGCAGGAACUGCUCAGCCGACGGGGCAUUACGCCACAGUACGAUCUGAUACAGGUGGAGGGAGCGGUACACGAACCCACCUUUCGGUAUCGUGUAUCGUACAAGGAUAAAGAUGCAUUGGGUACGGGAAAGUCAAAAAAGGAAGCGAAACAUGCCGCAGCCAAAGCAUUGAUAGAAAAGCUGACCGGUAUCUGUUUUACUGAUUAUCAUGGCGCAUAUGUGGCCGAGGAAAUUCCAAUGAGGUGUUUAAUUCAUUAAAAAUGUUUUUGAUCCCUUUACAGAGUCAACGAUGAGGAGGAACCGACUGGCAACCCGAUCGGUUGGCUGCAGGAAAUGUGCAUGGCAAGACGCUGGCCUCCACCAACUUACGAGACGGAAACGGAGAAGGGACUUCCGCAUGAGCGCCAGUUUACGAUAUCGUGCGUAGUACUGAAACAUCUUGAAGUGGGCGAAGGCAAGAGCAAAAAGAUCGCAAAACGACAAGCGGCACAAAAGAUGUGGCAACGGCUGCAGGAUCAACCGUUGGAAUCGGCCAAUAAGAUUGCGCUGUUGGAUGAGGCCGGUAAUGAAGAGCUACGCCAGCCUGACUUUGCUGGCCGGUACGAAGGGCUAAAGGAUGUUUGCAUACCGAUACUCACGAAAAGCCAGAGCCAAAAGGUGUCCCAGUUCCACAAGGCGCUCAAGUCGCGCACGGGCAAAGUGUUGCAGCAGUUGCAGCACAUAAGGUUGUACGAUAGAAGUAUCAACUACACUCAACUGCUAGACGAAAUAGCUAACGAGCAAGGGUUCGAUGUGACGUACGUGGAUAUCGAUGAGAAGUCAGCCAAUAACGAGAUGCAGUGUUUGGUGCAGCUGUCCACAAUGCCGGUUGCCGUGUGUCAUGGUAGCGGGCUUACGAUUCAGGAAGCUCAUGCAUAUGCAGCACGAAAUUCGCUCGAGUAUCUGAAGAUAAUGUCCAAAUCCUAUACGGUAAAUGUGGUUAAAUUUUGUGGUCUCGACUAA